AUGAUGAACGCAGAAGAGAAGAAUCAAACCAUCUCUGCUGGAUUCAUCCUCCUGGGUUUCUCCUCUUCACCAGACCACCAAGGGGUUCUCUUUCCCCUCUUCCUCUGUAUGUACCUGCUUUGUCUCCUAGGAAACCUCUUGAUAAUCUUGCUGAUCUUCUCCAGUACCAAUCUCCUCCACGCUCCCAUGUAUUUCUUCCUCUGUCACUUGUCACUGGCUGACCUUGGAUUUAGUUCGGCUGCAAUACCUAAAUUGCUAUACAACUUAGCGACCCAAACAAAAGCAAUAUCCUAUAUUGGUUGCCUGACACAGAUGUAUUUUUUUGUGAGUUUUGCUGCCACAGAUAACUUUCUCCUGGCCUCCAUGGCAUAUGACCGCUAUGUAGCCAUCUGCCACCCCUUGCACUACUCCAGAGUCAUGAGCUUCAAGUGCUGCCUUCUGUUAGCUGCUGGCUGCUGGCUCCUGGCUCAUUCCCAUGCCUUGUUAUACAUCCUGUUGGUAUCUAAUUUUACCUUCUGUGCUUCCCGAGAAAUCCCCCAUUUUUUCUGUGACGUCCACCCUUUAUUGAAAAUCACUUGUUCGGACAUCUCCAUCGUUGAUAAGCUUCUUGUCAGCGAAGGGACAGCAAUUGUCCUUGGGCCUCUGCUUCUCAUUCUUUUCUCUUAUGUCUUCAUUGUCCUGAAGGUGGUGAAGCUUCCAUCUAAGGCCAAAAAGUACAAAGCUUUCUCCACUUGCAGUGCCCAUUUCACCACCAUGGCUUUGUUCUAUGGCACGGUGAUAGGCACCUACCUCCGCCCAUCAUCUUCCUAUUCUGGUUUGAGGCUGAGAGUGGCAUCAAUCUUCUAUACAGUAGUCACUCCUAUGCUCAAUCCUUUCAUCUACAGCCUGAGGAACAGUGAGAUACAUGCAGCCAUAAAGAGGCUAAUAAAGAGGAAA